UGCUGUGGUUGUUCAACCGCAAAACUCUCAACAGCAAGAACGCCAAAGUGAUCGUGUGUAGUGAUAAAACUGUGUGUGGUUUUUUAGUAAUGGAGCGCUUUCUACUACUGUUGCUGUUCGUGGCGAUCGUGCUCGGUGAAACAGCGAACGAAACCUACGUCACCAAGUACGAUAACAUCGAUCUGGAGGAAAUUUUCAGCAGCAAACGUUUGAUGGACAACUACAUGAACUGUCUGAAAAACGUUGGUCCUUGUACGCCCGACGGCCGAGAGCUGAAAGACAACCUUCCCGAUGCGCUGAUGAGCGAUUGCGUGAAAUGCUCCGAAAAGCAACGGAUCGGUUCGGACAAGGUGAUCAAGUUCAUCGUCGCCAACCGGCCGGACGAUUUCGCGAUCCUCGAGCAGCUGUACGAUCCGACCGGCGAGUACCGGCGGAAGUACAUGCAGUCGGACGCGCUGGCCGAGCACGUGAAGCAGGAAGACCGCGACUUAUCGUCGAGCGGCGACGGCGACGCAGACACUGAGACCGAAGCCCACGCAACCGAGCAUAGCUCUCAAGAUCAUGACCACCGUGAAGGACAGUCGGAUGCGGAGUGAAAAUGGAAGCACAAACGCCACCAUGUACUGCAAUUGUGUGUAAUAAAAAUCACAUUCGCUUCAUAGCGUCAAUAAUUCACACAAAUACA